CAGAUUUCAGCAGACAUCUUUACAGAAGAAGCGCGUGCAGGAUCCGUCCGUCCGGGCUCUUGAGGCAGGUCUCGUGCGGUACCGUCGCUGCGAUGAUGAAGAUAAAGAGAUGCGGAGAUCCAGCUUAUCACCUCCUAGUUCUGCUCAUCCAGCUGCGCUAAGAUCCGCUUCUCUGUCCUCGCGACACUCCGCAGGCCACAGUCUGAGUGCACGGGAACGGCACGGACCAGGAGGACGUUCCGGUCUGUGCUGGACUCGGAACCGUUGUGAGCUGCGGGAGAGUGACAGAGGGACCACCACGGUUCAGACUGAGGAUCCAGUGUUUUUAGUUCGUGUGAGGAAAAUGGAGCCAGAACCAGGAGUUGAUUUAUUCAGACUCCGGACACUAAACUGGACCAGGAUCAGUUCUAACCUGCAGGCAGAUCAAUCAGUGACCUCUUCAUCCUGAGAGCUUCUGUAGAAGAAGGUCACAGCGAGGAUUAUGGACCAUCACCGGGUUCUGAUGUCAUUCUUCACGGCCUCCUCACCGAGUAGAUCCAGUUUGUUGGGUUUUUCUUUGUGAGAACAGAUUCUGCUUCCUUUCGUCUUUUUCUCCUGCUGCUGAUGAAUGUGGAGAAAUCACCAAGUCUGGAACCCGAACACAGACCGAGUCCGGAGCCCGAACACAGACCGAGUCCAGAACCCGAACACAGACUGAGUCUGGAGCCCGAACACAGACCGAGUCCAGAACCAGAACACAGACUGAUUCUGCAGUGAGACACGAGCAAUGAGUUUCAGCAUCCCGUUGUUGUGCUUCAUCAAUGGAUUCGCCAGUUAGCACGGCCCUGUGGGGUGGCACCAACUACACGGCUGACUCAGACCCGAGCAUCAUCAGAGAGCUCAGCACUGCCUCACCUGUGGUGCCCAGGGUUGUUUCCAUAGUAACCAGCCUGGUGAUUGCCACCACGAAGACCACGUUACAGACCACAGGAAACCUUUCAGUGCUGCGCGAUCAGAGAGGGAGCGAGCAGAGUGAAAUCCAUCAGGCAUCAACGGUGCCGGUUCCAAGCGUCGCCAAGAGCGACUCUGUCCUGCAGGGGGUAGCGGUGGCAGCUCAGGCCCUGGUGCUGCUCUCCAUCUUCCUGUUGUCCAGUCUGGGAAACUCAGCCGUGGUCAUCGUCAUCAUCAAACACAGACAGCUGAGGACUGUGACCAACGCUUUCAUCAUGUCGCUGUCGCUGUCGGACUUCCUCACGGCUGUUUUAUGCCUGCCCUUCUCCUUCGUCAUGCUCUUCAGUAAGGACGGUGUCUGGAUGUUCGGAGAUGCUUUCUGUGUUGCUAACGGCUUCUUCAACACCUGCUUUGGUAUAAUCUCCACCCUCACGAUGACGCUGAUCUCCUUCGACAGGUACUAUGCCAUCGUCAGGCAGCCUCAGGCUAAAAUAGGCCGUCAGAAAGCGACUCAGUUGUUGGUCGCCGUUUGGUUAACAGCAGUGGUUUUUGCUUUGCCGUGGUAUCUGUUGAUCCAGACACCGACAGAAAUCCAUAAGCGAGGCUUCUACCACUGCAUGUACGUGUUCCACUCUGGAACGUCCAGCAUGGGGACAGCGUACGGCAUCUCCCUGAUUGUAGUGUGCUAUCUGCUGCCCUUCUCCCUCAUGUGUUUCUGCCAUUACAACAUCUGUAAGACUGUCCGGCUCUCUGAGAUACGAGUCCGGCCCGUGACCACAUACGCAUACUUGCUUCGGUUUUACAGCGAAAUGCGAACAGCCACCACGGUGCUGAUCAUGAUUGUGUUCAUCAUCUUUUGUUGGGGGCCGUAUUGUCUGAUGGGUCUGGUCACGGCGAUAGGAAACUACUCGUUCAACCCCGCCAUGGACACGGUGGCGAUCUGGCUGGCCUGGGCGAACGGAGCCAUCAACCCUCUGAUCUAUGUCCUGAGGAACCCAAACAUAUCCAUGUUACUGGGCCGCAGCAGAGAGGAGGGCUAUCGGACCAGAAACAUCACUGCCUACCUCUCCAGCCAAGGCCAGACCCGGGACAUCCGUCUGAACCAGGCCGAAAGAAUCAGGGACCGUUACGCCAGUCGAGCGGCGGUGAACAACAGCCAGCUGUCGAGUUCAAGUCCUGGGAAAACGGGGGGAGAGGUGGCAAUGUGGGCCUGUAAAAACCCUGCAGUGUUGUUCUGCAGAGACACCCAACACGACACCACAACGCUUCCCAACGCUGCCGGCACGCCGAAGAUGAAGACGGCCGACACCAGCCUGUGAGACUGCACCUUUUCUAUUAGCUCUGUGUUCCAGAUCUUUCCCACUGGCUGACUCCCAGUAUGACAGCAGAAUCGGGAGUUCUGUCCAGACUGGAAUCCUGGAAAACCGUCUACCAUGUGAAAUGCAGAUCCUGAAACAUCUGACUUCAUCUGUUUACAUGCUGAAAAGGAGGUGAAGUUUCGUUUUAGACUCGGUCUCAGCUUGGAAAUGAUUUUGCUGCAGAAGCAGCAGAAAAAUACGCAGCAGACAUGUUCGGCUCGAUCCGGGCUACUUUUAGCACUUAUGGCUCAGUUACGGCGCUAGCAAGUUUUGUGUGGGCCAGUAGUGGACCAGAUGUCAGUUUCUGGUCUGGAACUGGAUUACAGAUAGUGUAAUGUGGGCCAGAAGUUGUCCUGAUAUAGGAGGCCUUCCUUAUGGCUCCUUGUGGGCCUCGUGUGGUGUUCAUUUUGGCAGCUACGCUCACAUUUAGCCGUAAGCUAAGGCCAAACAUUUUGACCUCUGAGGUCUGCUUCAGAUCAGGAAGAUACUUUCAGGCGGUUUCAGGGCUACAUUUGGGAUUUUAUUAGGGCUGUAAAAAUUAACAUGU